AUGGCCUACGAAAGUGAAAACAGCGAAAGUGAAGAUGACCUAAUGAGACCGUACUUGUAUCAGCUAGAGGUAAACGGGUCACCGUGUACUGUGCUCCGAGACAGUGGGGCCAGCUUAGACUUAGUUCACCCGUCUUUCGUCUCGAAAGAGAACUAUUUGAGCAAAUGCGCCUGGAUUAGGCAAGUUAUGGAGGAGCAAACGGUAUGUCUUCCCGUAGCUGAAGUGACAUUGAAGGGUCCGUUUGGAGAACUGAAAACAGAAGCGGCAGUAAGCGACCGGCUCCCUAACAAAUACAUGUAUUUGCUAUCAAACCGAACAGCACAUUUAAUGCGGAAGUCGGGAAUGAAGUGGGAACCAGAGUCAAUCUGCGCACUGACGAGGGCUAAAGCUCGGGAACUGAGGGCUCUGAAAGACGCCGAAGUGGCGCAAGAGCAGGAAGCGGACGUGAACCAUGUAAACAAUCAUGUAAAUGACGGUGAAAUGUCGUCUUCGCAAAAUAUAUCCUACGAAAGUAGUUCGGAAGGUCAGGGUGAUCAGAGUCCGGAAGAUCAGGGUGACAGCCUAGGAGAUGUACUAGCGCCGACAGGUGGGGCGCUAAGUAACCUCAUUAAAGUAGAUAGGGACACGCUAAUGAAACUGCAAAGGGAGGAUGAGUCGCUGACAAAAUUGCACGGAAGUCACGAAGGGAUCGCCAGAAAGAAUGUAAAAAUCAUCAAGAGGGAGGGGCUUUUGUACCGCCACUACCAGGAUAGGAAAGGAGUUGUAGUCGACCAGUUGGUAGUUCCCAAGAGUUUGCGCGACGACGUUCUAGAGUUAUGUCAUAGCAACUCCUGGGCCGGACAUUUGGGAAGCCGCAAGACAAAGCAGCGCUUGCUGCAAGAAUGGUAUUGGCCAGGAUGUUUUAAGGAUGUCGAAAACUACGUGCGGGCUUGCGAUACGUGUCAGAGGGUGGGUAAACCCAACGAACGGUAUAAGGCGCCCUUAACGCUAGUUCCCAUCAUCUCUGAGCCAUUCCAACGCUUAGUCAUCGACGUGGUCGGACCACUUCCCGUGUCUAAAUCUGGUUACAAGUAUGUGCUAACCAUGAUAUGUCCCGCUACGAAAUUUCCCGAAGCCGUGCCACUGAAAGAACAAACCUCCCCUGAAAUUGUAGACGGACUCCUGUCUGUUUUCGCACGUAUAGGAUUCCCGAAGGAGAUCCAAUGCGAUAACGGUUCUGUUUUCACGAGCGUUCUGACGAAGACAUUUUUAGGAAAGUGUGGGAUCCGAGUGAUCCACAGCUCGUUGUAUCAUCCCCAGAGCAACAGUGUUGAAAAAUGGCAUUCUGUGUUAAAACGAGUACUCAGGGCGCUGACCCACGAAUAUAAGACCGAUUGGGAGUCAGGGCUACCAGGUGCCAUGUUCGCACUAAGAUCAGUCCCUCACGAAGCAACAGGCUUCAGUCCUGCUGAAUUGGUAUAUGGGCGCGCUUUGCGUUCCCCAAUGCGCCUGUUAAGGGAGAGAUGGGAGGAUAAUCAGAGCGACACCACAGUGUUAGAAUACGUACUGGAUCUGCUGCAAAGAUUACAGGGUACGCGCGAAAUCGCGGAAACUAACAUGCGGGAAGCCCAACAAAGGGCAAAAUCAUACUAUGACCGCAAUGCCCGACCACGAGUGUACAAAGAAGGAGACAAGGUGUUAGUACUGCGACCGACCAGGGCUAACAAGCUGCAGGUGCACUGGGACGGCCCGUUUACCGUACUACGCAAGCUGUCGGAUACAACGUACAUGGUAGAGUUCCGGGGCAGGAAGAAAGAGGUGCGAACCUAUCACACCAACCUAAUGAAGCCCUACGUCGGCUCUACACAUGUAGUAAGUGUAGCGUUAAAUGUCCCAGAAGAACAGCCCUCCGACUUAGCAGAAUGGGGUGAGGUUGAAGAAAACCAAACACGCGUAGAAGAGAUCGCGAGCGCGGUUGUAGGCAAUGUGAUCUUGUCACCCGAAGAAAAGGAUGACAUCGAAGGUCUGGUACGCGAUUUUAAAGACCUGUUUUCUGGUAUCCCUGGUAAAACCGACCUGAUAACGCACGAUAUCGAGCUUACUACGGACACCCCAGUGCGUUCCCGCCCGUACCGCAUUUCGCCACGCCAAGAAGAAAUAAUGAGACAAGAGGUAAAGCGAAUGCUUGACCUGGGAAUAAUCGAAGAGGGAGAGAGCGAUUACGCCUCGCCUAUGAUCAUUGUGGAGGUGCCAGGCAAGGAACCGAGACCCUGUAUAGAUUACAGGAAGCUAAACGCGGUAACGAAAAAUCAAGUCUACCCCAUACCAAACGUCGAGGAACGAGUGGAAAGAGUUAGCCGAGCAAAAUUUAUAACCACUCUAGACCUCGUAAGAGGGUAUUGGCAAGUUCCCAUGAGUAAGACAGCUAAACGUUACGCAGCGUUCACGACUCCGUUUGGCACAUAUCUGCCAAAGAUGCUCAGUUUCGGCCUCAAAAACGCGCCCUUCUGUUUCUCAAAAUUGAUGGAUCAGAUUUUGAGAGGUGCCGAAAAAUAUGCAGUACCGUAUCUUGACGACGUCGCCGUCUUCUCCCAAUCAUGGCAGGAACAUUUGGAUCACCUCCGAGACGUUUUCAGUAGAUUACGGAGAGCGGGCCUAACGCUCAAGGCUAGCAAGUGCCAUUUAGCUCAAUCUGAGGUUUUGUACCUAGGGCACCGAGUAGGUCAGGGCAAACGUAAACCGGCCGAAUUGAAAGUUGAAGCAAUUGCGAACUUUCCUAGACCGCAAAGUAAGGCUGAAGUCAGAGGAUUUCUAGGGCUCACCGGAUAUUACCGGAGUUAUAUUCGGCAAUAUUCAGAGAUUGCUAGCCCAUUAACUGACGCGCUUAGGAAAGACGCUCCCGCGAAGGUGGCCUGGGACGAUGCCAAAGAAAAGGCUUUCCGAGAUCUGAAAACAGCUCUAACCAACCCUCCUGUGCUCAGAGCUCCUGAUUUUAGUAAGCCGUUUGUCGUCCAAUGCGACGCCAGUAACCGUGGCAUGGGAGUAAUAUUGUGUCAAGAAGGUGACGAUAAUGAAGAGCAUCCCAUUUUGUACGCCAGCCGGAAGCUCUCAGUGAGAGAAGAAGCGUACAGCGCUUCAGAGAAAGAAUGUGCGUGCCUGGUCUGGGCAACGCAGAAGUUGUCAUGCUACCUGUACGGAGCUGACUUUGUUUUCGUAACUGACCAUUGCCCAUUGACCUGGUUAAGUCAGAUGUCAAACAAAAACCCGAGACUUCUCAGAUGGAGUCUGGCCUUACAGCAAUACAAUUUUGAAGUCCGUUAUAAAAAGGGCAAGGCAAAUGUGAACGUUGAUUGCCUUAGUCGCAUCUAA